AUGACGUCUAUACUUUGGAAAUUCACACAAGAACUGGCUAGUUUAAACAGUAUCAACGAUAUAGACAAGUUUGAUGGUUUAGAAACAAGGAAACAUUUUUUAGUAAAAGAUGAAGAAUUGAUAUCAAUUAAGAGAAGACAAAUGGACAUGAAAUCGCCUAAUUUUGAUGCAAAGCCAGUAAUUAAAAAUAAAUAUGUAAGAGUGGAAUUUUGA